AAAUAUCCUGUGUCAUACUUGAGUUUAUAACCCUCAAAAUUUGACAAAUGAUUAUUAUUGAAUCAAUGAUAAAGAAAAAAAUAUGUAGAGAAAAUAAUUUUCACGUAGCAAUUGUCUGCAAUGGCAUUGUUCAUUUGAAGCAUAAAUUUUAUAUUAAUUUAUUGACAAUCUGUUAGAAUGGCUCGGCCAGAUACUUUGUGUAAUCAAUCACUCCUUGAAGCUGGUGAUCGGUCUCUAGAUAGAACAAUUGGAGAACCUGGAGAUGUUAAAACACAAUUUGUUACGAGAGAAGGAACUUAUAGACUUUUAACUCUAAGCGAAUACUCUAGACCUAAUAGAGUAGGAUAUCAGCCACAAGGCCAAACACCACCACAAGUGCGGGUAUCUCUUGUAACUCUUCCAGAUCAAGGAGAAAGAAUAUGUUUUAACCACGGUAGAGAAUUAUACGUUUACGUGUAUAAAGGUAUAAAGAAAGCACCAGAUUUGAGUAAACCUUUAGAAAAAAAAGUAUAUAAAGGUACAAAUCCAACCUGUCAUGAUUUUAAUACUACAUCUGCUACUAAUGAAAAUGUGAGUUUACUUAUUGGUUUUAGUACUGGACAGAUACAGUUGAUUGAUCCAAUAAAGAAAGAAUUAAGUAAAUUGUUUAACGAAGAAAGGUUCAUUGAUAAAACAAGAGUUACCUGUUUACGUUGGGUUCCAGGAAAUAAAUCAUUAUUUUUAGCAGCCCAUGCUUCAGGACAGUUUUAUGUAUACAAUGAAGAAUUACCUUGUGGUUCAGCAGCACCCCAUUACCAACCAUUUAAAGCUGGAGAAGGUUUCUCUGUAAAUACAUGUAAAACUAAGUCAACUAGAAAUCCUCUAUUUCGGUGGUUGUUGGGUACUGGUGCUGCUAUCAAUGAAUUGGCAUUCAGUCCUAGUGGGUCUCAAUUAGCUGUAGUAUCACAAGACGGUAUGCUUAGAAUAUUUCAGUACGACAGUAUGGAAUUAUUAGGAUUUGCAAGAUCUUAUUUUGGAGGAUUACUAUGUGUAGCAUGGUCUGGUGAUGGGAAAUUGAUAGCAGUUGGUGGGGAAGACGAUUUGGUUACUGUUUAUUCAAUGGAACAAAAGAGGGUGGUGGCUAGAGCUCAAGGACAUAGGUCUUGGGUUUCUGCAGUGGCUUUUGACUGGUAUUUAGAGGUGGAAUCUUGCUACCGGUUAGGUUCAGUAGGUCAUGACACUCAGAUAUGUCUUUGGGAACUUCCAGAAGAUAAUCUAGUCCCUCCUCGACCAAGAGUAAAAAGAAGACCGGAUCCAUUACAAUUGGUUGGAACACCAGCUUGUCCAAGAUUAGAUGAGUGUCCAAAUCUUGAACCAUUAGUUUGUAAGAAAAUUGCUCACGAACGUCUAACAGCUCUUGUUUUUAGGCCAGACUCUAUUAUAACUGCGUGCCAAGAUGGAUAUGUAUAUACUUGGGCGCGUCCUACAACGUAGAGUACAACAUUGUAAAUAAUAUUCAUGUCAAAUUAACAAGGCUGCAAAUUGAAACCCAUUGUAUACCUAUAUGGUGAACAAACAUUGAAAUUUCUUUAUUGUUUGACCUUUUUUAGUUUAUUUAGUGAAAUAUGUGAUAAAGUAUAUUUAUAUUUUAGGAAUAUCAAUUAAAUAUUUUUGUAGUUCUUACAAAUGAAAAUAGAACAAAAAGAACUGAAAAUUUAUGGAAGAUUGUUUUCUUUGAGAUUAAUUCUGAACUUCAUAUUCAGAAUUUAGCCACAAUUUUUGGAAAUAAUUAAUAAUAGACUUUUUUUAAAUAUGUAUAAUUGUAAUGAAAAUGACUUUAUUUAGAUUGUGACUAAUUAGAUUAUAUAUAACUGAAAAGUCACAUUUUCAUUUAAAAAUUAUUUCGAAAAUAAAAAAAUUGUGAUAUAAACAUUUUAUUUAUUAAUUUUUAAAAUAUUUGGACUACAAUUGUUGGAUAUUAAUGUUUACAAAAAGCCUUCUAUUUAACUUUAAUUUUUCUAUAACAAACUUUUAUUAAAAAUCACAAUAUUUAUUUAAAUUCUCUCGCAAAUAAUGGUAAUAGACAAUCAAAUUUUUACUGUAAAAGAUAAAAUGGAAUAUAGAUUCAAACAUAUAGAUUCUAUAUUUCUAUAUCUAUAAAUACCCUGUGUAUAUACACUACCGGUCAAGUUUUGCUCAUCUCAAAAUUCAUUCAUUAAAUUUCAAAAAAAUACACUCUAACAAACUAAAAAUAAUAGUGUCUAUUAUUUGUUUACUUCAUAUUUCAACUGUGAAUUAUUUUUCGGUGCUUGAUUGUAGUUUAGUCCAGAAUUAAGUUGCUCUCGAGUGUAAGAUAACCUAAUAUCUAUAAUGUCUUGAUGAGGUUACAUCCAGUGAUGUAAAAGAUAAAAAUAAAAACAAAAACUUGGUUAUUUCAAUAUAUAGAUCUUUUUAUUACCUACAACUUUAAUAUUUGACUUUUUCCAUAAGACUUCUAGUUUCACCAGAAAUCGAGAUAGACCGUUGUUUACCCUUCAAACUCACCCCCUUAUUUUUCAUUUCUAUUAUAAUCUCCUUUUCCAAUGGGUUCUAUCCAAGUUAUUUUUUUUUGUUUUAAAAAUUAUCGACCCUGGUUUAUUUGUUUAAUCAUGAACACAUUUUGCAAAACCAUUUCCAAUCAUAUAUUUUAAAAAACAGCACUUACCACGUCUUCUGUAUGGUUAGUCUUAGGCAUUGACAGUAUUUUUGCCGAAUAAUUAUCUCAUGACUGAUACAAAUCUUCUAUUUACGAGUAAUAAAAGUUCAGUAAUACCCUAUGUAAGUGUGUGGAACAUUCCUAUUAUAGUUCAUACGAGGGCUGUUCAAAAACUAUUGGUUAGCGUUGCCAUCUUGACGUUAGAAUUUUCUUUCUUAGUUUGUUUGGACGGAAAGUUUUAACCUCUAAGAAACUACCAGCGAUGAAAACUAGACUUUCUAAUUGAUGUUUUCACACCCUCGCAGGUGACAAAUCGAAAAUAUUGUAACAAAAUUACAAUACAACUCUAAAUUUGAAUGGCGAUUAUGUCUUAACUUUUUGCAGAGCCCUCGUGACUUUUUUAUUUUAUUUGUCACACAGUAAGUUGAUUUGACAUGAAGAUAGGAUAUAUUUUUCUAAUCUAUCGAAAUUUUGUAUAUUUUUUUGUAUAAAUGUUGCAUUUUGUAACUUUUAAAUUAUUUCUAAUGUAAUUAAAUUAUGUAUAAAUUUUUUAAUUAUACAAUACAAUAAUCAA